GGCGUCACUGACGUCAGGCUGGCGUUUUCGUUGCAGCAGCUUGUGGAUAAUCUAAAGAUUAAAGCUCAGCUCAGAGACAGGAGCGCUGGGAAUUCUCCCUUGUAGUUGUAGCACUGCUUGGGGCUGCUGGUUAGUCCACGACUCAGAGCGACAAUGAUGAACUUCACUUUAAGGAAUCUUCUCGGGCGCUCGAUUUCUCUGAGCAACAAGUACUCUGUGCGCUCAUUCCGAUGUGGACAAGUUAUGCUGAGUGCUACUUCUCUAAAAGGACGUCACCUGUUAACACUCAAGGAUUUUAACGGUGAAGAAAUAAAGCAACUCUUGUGGACAUCAGCUGAUUUGAAAUUAAGAAUUAAAGAGAAAGGCGAGAUGCUCCCUUUACUUCAAGGGAAAUCUAUUGCCAUGAUAUUUGAAAAAAGAAGCACGAGAACAAGAAUUUCCACAGAAACAGGAUUUGCAUUGCUGGGAGGACACCCAUGCUUCCUCACUACACAAGAUAUUCAUCUAGGAAUAAAUGAGAGUCGUAAAGACACAGCAAGGGUGUUGUCUGGAAUGACUGACCUGAUUCUGGCCCGCGUUUACAAACACUCUGAACUCCAGCAGUUAGCAGAAGAUGGCUCAAUCCCUGUGAUUAAUGGGUUGUCGGAACUCUAUCAUCCUAUCCAGAUCCUGGCUGAUUAUCUUACUCUUCAGGAACAUUUUGGCUCAUUGACUGGCUUGACUGUGACUUGGAUAGGAGAUGGAAAUAAUGUGUUACACUCUUUCUUGUUGAGCGCUCCUAAACUUGGAAUGCAUCUUCGUGUUGCCACACCUAAGGGCUUUGAACCUGAUGCUACGGUUUCUCAGUUUGCCAAGUCAUUGUCAGAAAAGUGUGGAACCAAAAUGUUUUUCACUAAUGAUCCCCUGGAAGCAGCUAGUGGAGCUAAUGUUCUGGUAACAGAUACUUGGAUCAGCAUGGGACAAGAAGAGGAGAAAGCAGAGAGACUGAAAGCAUUUCAUGGUUAUCAAAUCACCAUGAAGACUGGACAGUAUGCUGCACCUAAUUGGGUGUUCCUGCAUUGUUUGCCACGAAAACCAGAAGAAGUUGAUGAUGAAGUAUUUUAUGCCACAAACUCUCUGGUCUUCCAAGAAGCUGAAAAUAGAAAAUGGACAAUUAUGGGUGCAAUGGUAAGCAUGCUAACGGAUUAUACGCCAAAGAGCUCCAAGCCAAAAUUCUGAAUCCUUUCAUCCAGCCAAUGUCAAGAUGCAAUGAAAGGAUAAUACGAAAAGCUUCCAGAAAUGUUUUAACUCAACAAUUUGUUUUUCUAUAAUUGUAUUACAACAUUUCACUACACAAUGAUGACGGCAUGGCUAAUUAGCAGUAAUCAAGAAGAAAUUAAUAGUUCACAAGAGACCCUUUUGAUCGAUGAAGAAAUACAAAUAUGAUGUCCAAGCAUCUCAUGUUAUCAGUCUACAUCCUGUCCUACUCAACAUCCACAAUACAAGCCUAAAGAUAAUAAAAAAAGCCAGUGAACAUGUAACUGUACAAUUCUUUGACCUAGUUAUGUAUAUUUUGUCAGCAUGUAUUGUUUAGAGUAGAGAAACAUUUAGUGAACCAUCUCAUCAUCUCAUUGAGAUACAGUCAGUUAAAUCUGUUAAGGGAUACUGUCUAAGGAUAUGGGCCACGCCACUCACGAAUGAGAAUGGGGAACAAUUUACCCAGAGAGUGAUGAGAUUGUGGAAAUUUAUGCUGCAAAAAAACGGUUGAAGCCAAAAUAUUUGAUGUUUCCAAGAAGGAGUUAGAUAUAGUUCUGAGGUCAAAAAGGAUUAAAGGGUAUAGGGAUAUAAAAUGGAAACAAGCUGCUGAGUUAGAUUAUCAUGUCAUGAUCAUUUUAUUCACAUUUAUUCAUGAGAAUUAUUAAUUAGAAGCAGAAUGGAAAUGUAUAUUUUAUGUAUGACAUUCUCUCUGAUAGCAUGACUUUACAGUCAGUAUCAGUCAAUAGAGUCAGCAUUAGUUACAUUCACAUGGAUCCACAGGGGUGAAUUUUCCAAUUGCAAGUUCUUAGCAGGGAGCCUUGCCCACUCAAGUCAUCCAUACUAAAAUGGUGUGCAACAUCCAUGGUUUUCCAUUCACUAAUGUUAAUGGAUUGAAAAGAUGUACAAUUUCCAAAGGCUGGGAAAGUGUAAUCAUAAAAUCCACCAUGUCUAUUUCUCAAAAGUAAUUAAAAAAGAACUAACCUUACAUUGUCAGCCACUGAUUCACCAUGUUGUUCAACCUGCUUGUGGUGUCUUGGAUGUUAACUGCUAAAGUACUGGCUCAAAAGCUUUCUAUUCAUCUUUUGGGAUUCAGGUUUUCGUAACUAUCAUUUUUUCACUUUUGGCACUUUGAUGGACUGUAUUAUUUUGCUGAAUGUCUAAGGAUCUAGAACAUUGCAUUCAUCAUAUUAGGUAAUGGCUGAUUGUAUUGUGUUUCUACCAUUUGAUAUGAUGAUUCUGGACAAGAAUUCAAAAGUAUCAAAUAGAACAUUCUAAGACAUGUCUGUUCCAAUUGUUAAUUCAUAAAAAUAGCAAGCAAUUCUGGUCAUGGAUAACAAGGUGUAGAGCUGGAUGAACACUGCAGGCCAAGCAGCAUCAGAGGAGCAGGAAAGCUGAUGUUUUGGGCCUGGACACUUAUUCAGAAAAAUUUUCUGAAGAAGGGUUAAUGCCCAAAACGUCAGCUUACUUGCUCCUCUAAUGCUGCUUGGCCUGCUACGUUCAUCCAGCUCUGCACCUUGUUAUCACAGAUUCUCUAGCAUCUGUAGUUCCUACUAUCUCUAAAGCAAUUCUGAUCAGCUUUAAUUAAACAAUAGAAACAACUUGCAUUGUCUAAGUGCUUUGCUGGGUAAUGAAUGAUGAGUGGGUAAAAGAAGAGCCUAUUGGACGGCUUAGUAGAAAGCCGUGCUUGGCCAUGCUUCUGGAGGGAACUGGCAAGGCAGGACCAUUGUGGUUGAAGAUGUAGCUAGCAACAAUGAACUGGAAGGAUCAGCUAAUGAAAAAUAUACUGGGGUCAAGACAGCAUAGGUUUUGUGCAAGAGCAUGGACUUGAUGAGAUUGCUGAAGUAGAGAUAUUCUUUGCAACUGCACUAAGGUGAACAGAGGGAUGUCCUAAUCUUUAUUGUUGCUGGAGAUAAGGUAUGAGUGUAGGUUAAACCUCUGGUAUACAGGUUGUCAAGACAGACCGCCAUGGUUUGGAUUUUUCAGCUUCCAGCAGAAGGGUUUUAUUUGGUCUGUCUAGAAUCACAUUUAAUCCUGCACACAUCCUCCACUCUUCAGACCCAAGAUUAGUUCUCAGUCCCCAUUCCUAUGCCUCAUCAGCAAUAACACUUCCUUGCUGAUACACAUUUUCUCUGUUAACUUUUACUAUGAACAGCCCUUUUAAGACCUCACCCUUUGGCCAUGUAGAAAUAUGUUAUGGGAUGGAAGAGCACUGGCCUACAUUGGAAGGGGAGCACAUUGCAGUACAUACUUGUAUGUGGAUUAAUCAGGUGAUGAUAGGUUAAACUAGUGUGCAACAUUUGACUGAGAGAUUCAGAACAUCAACAUGGCUAUUUUCCUAUACCAGCUUGUCAUAUAUUACCAGAGUUCAGUAUCUAUCAAUACUGGAUUUGUUUUCCCUGUUAUUCUUAACAUGAUGAGGGUGCGCUGGCAAGGCAACAUUUAUUGCCCAUACCUAAUUGCUCAGAGGUUGGUUCAGAGUUAAACUCAUUGUGGGUCUAGAGUCACAUGUAGAUCUGAUCAGCUAAGGAUGACAUUUUCCUUCCCUAAAGGACGUUAGUGAACCAGAUGUGUUUUUCCAACAAUCAAUUCAUGGUCAUUAUUAGAUUCUUAAUUCCAGAUAUUUAUUGAAUUCAAAUUUCACUAUCUGCCAUGGUGGGAUUCAAACCUGGGUCCCCAGCACGUUAUCUGGGUCUCUGGAUUAACAGUCCUGCACUAAUACCACUUGGCCAUCAUGUCCCUGUCUCAGAAGGCUGUACCCAGACCUAUGUUAAGAAUUUCGGGAUACUUCAGUUCUUUUUGAAGGCCCUGAUUCUUAACUGCUAACAUUUCUGUUCUUGUAUGGUUGUAUGCAUGCAAUGCUGAAGAAGAUGGUAAUAGUACACUCAUAUUUUAUGGUGAGUUGUUUUGCUCAAGCCAAGAAUUUGGUACUGCAUUAUGCCUAUCAAGAGUUAAACACUGGAAUUUUUGUUUAAACUUCAGGCUUGUUGGAUUGUGACAAUUCACUUUGGGAAAUACAAAUUGUCUCCACACAUUGCAAAGGGAGAUCUGAGCUAAUUCGACCUGGCAGGCCAAUACCAGAAUGUUGUGCUUCUCUGGUAUCGCAGGACACUGUUUAGGAUGAUGCUCAAUUACCUAGGAAGUGUUGUCUCAAAGAGACAGAGGAAAAUACCAGAUGAAUAAUUAGAAUGUCAUUUUAUUCAUCUGUGAAGGAGGAUUGGAGUUGAUGAAUCUGAAGAAUGGAUAAGUGUAAAAUGCUAUCUUACAAUAAUGUGAAAGUCAAAAAGAAGAUAAAUAAAUGGAAAAACAAGACUGCAGUAGAUUAUUUCUGUCAUUUGUAAAUAUCCAUCAAUACUGGUGAAUUCUUCAUCUAAAAAGGAUAUUCCAAAAUCCAUAGGAGCCUGAAGGCAAAUUUGAAGUAAUGUUGCAAUGAAUUGGAUGAGUCAACAUUUUUUGUAAGCAUACAUACACCUGGAACAAUUCUGAUGAAGAACUUUCACUCAAUAAAAUUUCAAGGUGCUUUCA